AUGUUCCUAGAACAUGAGUUUAGUGAUUUUGGGGCUACUUUUAUCGUAAAGAAAAAGUUUCUGGCUUUACCUUCGAUAAGUGAGACUAGAGACGACAACUAUAUUGAUGUUAUAGACAAUAUUAAAGGCAGCGUUCAUGUAAAACGUAACAACAAAGUAAAAAUGAGUACUACCGAUGCAGGUGAAGGUCAUUUGAUGAUUAUGUGGAGCCCACAAGAAUUCGUGGCUUUUUUAGACCAAGAUAAUUCAACUAUAGUUUCAAAAUCUAGAUCCACAUAUGCUCUAUUGUUUUUAAUAUCGACAACCACUAGUUGUACGACAAUUCGCACCCAAGUAGACCACAUUUUGGACAGACUGUGGACAAACUUCAGCAUUUUAAACGUCAUAGUCCAGGCUCCGUGCUCCUGUGGAAGACAAGUCUUCAUUUAUCGUCCCUUUGCCAAAACAAAGAAGUCAUUUGGAACUCUUCGAACUUACGUAAUUGAAGAUGUUAUCAAAAACCCAAAUUUAAUCUUAAACCCUCUCAACAACCUAAACAAGUUUCCUCUCAAAAUUUCCUUAUUUGAACGAGUACCAUCUUCGGUGAGAAACGUCCCCACACUCCUAAAACUCGACAAAAACUACCAAGACUUAAGUUUAAGUGGAGGUUUUGUGGGUUCGGACGCUCUUUUGGUUGCCACUUUUGCCAAGUACCACAAUUUUGAGCCGAAAAUAGCCAAAAAUUUGUCUAGAGGUUUUGGUCAUGUGCACCCAAACGGUUCAGUGGGUGGUGUUUUAGCCGAAGUACUUAAGAAAACGUCAGACUAUGGAGCAAAUCGGCGACUGCUAGGGCACGAACCGCACGGCUACGAAUUUACGGUACCAUACAGUUCGGAUAAAAUAUGCGCAGUGGUACCGAAGUCGGAGAAAGUUCCACGGGGACUAUCAAUCAUUACUUGCUUUGAUAAGCUUUCUUGGGUACUCUUUUUCGUGAUGAGCGUCGUGUGUGCAAUUUUUUGGUUCUUUGUUAGACGUGACAACAUUAUCAAAGUUUUACAACAGGUGUAUUCGUAUUUAUUGGGAGUACCAUCCAAGGUGGUACCUUCUACACACCAGAUGGUUUUUUUAACGUCUUGUAUGAUUUUAAAUGUGGUUGUUUUGGGUGUGAUUCAGGGAUCUUUGUUUACUGAUUUCACCACGUUUACGUACUAUACGGAAAUUAACACGCUGGUGGAAGUCGAUCGGAUGGAAUUGCCUAUAAUGACGUUCGUGUGGCUCAUUAUCAACGACAGCAAUUCUCAAAUACUGAAAAAUCUGAAACGGAAAAGCAUACCAGAGAGUGACGAUAUGUGGGAUAUAGUGGCCUAUCAUAGAAAUGUCGUUGUGAUAGAUAGACAAUUCGACGUCGAAGUGGCACUAAGGACGAAUUUUACUGGAAGAAGUGGGGUACCGAUGUUGCAUAUUGUGGAUGAGAGUAUAUCGACUUAUUUCCUAGCUUGUAUUAUUCCGCAAGGAUCACCUGUUUUGUUAAUUUUUAAUGAAAUCAUUGUGAGGAUGUUUGAAGGAGGUUUCAUCCUGAAAUGGGAUAGCGACGUUGUGGAUAGUUUGAUGAUUGAACGGAUAAAUCAAACGAAUGUCGAAGAAGAAUUCAAAGCUUUCCGUUUAGAAGACAUGCAAGUGGCUUUUUAUGUGGUCGCUAUUGGAUAUGUUUCUUCAGUGGCAGCUUUUUUGGCGGAGAUUUUGAAAAGCAAAUUCGGUGGUGUUGUUUGUUGGAAUAAUUUGAUAACGGAAUAA